UGAUGACUCCACAUGGAACGUCUAUAAGAUGUAGCUCUCCCACCCCUCACGACAGCAGACUCAAAUCUCGCUCGCUGUACAACUCCUACACUCAUCAUGACGGACCAGAUAGGAUCGACAAAAGUGGCGCCUUCAAUCGAUGUCAAGAAACUCACCUAUCUCUUCCCGGAUGGUUCGAGUGGGUUGAAGGAGGUCUUUUUAGACCUUCCACCAGGCAGCAGGACUCUGUUGAUUGGAGCCAAUGGCGCUGGUAAAACUACGCUUCUCCGUCUUCUCUCCGGCAAGCGCAUGGCGCCCUCGGGCACCGUCUCUAUCGCGGGCGUCGACCCUUUUAAGUUUGGCCUCGAGGGCGUGACAUAUUUAGGCCUCGAAUGGGUGCUGAACCCGAUUGUGCGCAGCGACAUCGACGUGCCCACGCUCUUGUCGUCUAUUGGCGGCGACGUGUACACGGAGCGCCGCGACGAGCUGAUUGAUAUUUUGGACAUUGAUCUAAGCUGGCGUCUACAUGCUGUCUCCGACGGCGAGAGGAGGAGAGUCCAGCUCGCCAUGGGUCUGCUGCGCCCGUGGACCAUCCUACUGCUUGACGAAAUCACAGUCGACCUGGACCUUCUCUCCCGCAGCAACUUCCUUGCCUAUCUCAAGCGCGAGACGGAGAAGCGCCCUUGCACCAUCGUCUACGCGACGCAUAUCCUGGAUAAUCUGGCCACGUGGCCGUCGCACCUCGUGCACAUGAGCCUGGGCAAGGUCAAGAAGUGGGGCAGCAUCGAGGAUAUGAACGUGACUCCCCGGUCUGUCGAUGAGGGGCUGUCAGGAAACAGUCAGCUCGGCGAGCUUGUGCUUAAAUGGCUGCAGGAAGAUCUCGAAGAGAGAGGCCCAAGGAACGGUCUCAGUGGGCAGGGCAAGACAUAUGAGAACCUCGAAGGAAAAGGUGGAUAUGGGGCCGAGAAGAAACCCGAGGCGUAAGAAAUGCUAAGUAAGAAUGGGCGCAUGUUACGAUCCGCUUCAACCAUACGGAUCAAAUCAUCAGGAGUUCAACCGGUGUUUGGGAGGUUUCUUCAACAAUGAUACCCCAUUUCCUAUAUCAACGUGGGCCCAGAGACAGAGCUUGGGCUUUAUAUAGGCUGUCUGCUCCCAUAGCUGAGAAUACAACGUUUUGUUAC